AUGGGAGAGUUGUCAAUGGACCGUGGCAGUCAGACGCAGCUGGUAGCAGCCCACAGCAGCAGCCAGCUGCGCCCCUCUAAGCGGCUGCCGCCCCUCCAGCAGACCUGGCAUAGCUGUCCGAAGCCCUACGCUGAGGACGGAUGUCAGGACUCAACGGAAGGUCCUUCCAAAGCUCUUAGCCAAGAUGGUCGGCCCCUUGGCCUCCGACGCCACACCCCGCACGCCCCGCGCCUGGCGCGACGGCGCGGGCGCCCUCUCCGCGGAGGAGCGGCUGGCGAGGCCCAAGAGCUGUCCCGUGCUGAAGUCGAAACGACCCAGCACCAUCGUGACCCGCAUGUUGGGUGGCGGCAAUGGCUUGGAGAGAGUCUCCUUGGGCGCGGUGUAUUUCACAGGAGAGCCAAGACCGGCACCGCUGCGACGAGCCGGAGCCCGAGCGCACCAACGAGACCGAAGCGGGUGGUCUCGAUGGAGCGGCUGAAAGCACUGGCGGAGCCCAAGCGGAAGAAGCCCUGGAAGGCCAGUGCUGUGCCGCCCCUGGAGGCGGAGGCCCCAGAGGCGGAGGCCACUGCACCUGGAGGCGAAGCCGAGAAGCCGAAGGAGACUAAGGAGACGAAGCCGAAGCCCAAAGCGAAGCCCAAGAGUCAACCGAGGACCAGCCUCAAGGCUUUGGCCAAUGCUGAGCGCGCGGCCAAGGCGAAGCUGGAAGCGGCGGAAGCGAAGACAGAUUCGACCAAGCGUUCAAAACCAUCGGGGAGAGGCCUUGCACCGGCACCAGCGAGUCCCAGUUCGCGGUCGCCCACCUCGGCGCGCUCGGCGAAGACGGAGAAGUCCGUCGCGUUUUCACCGACGGGGAAGGAGGUGAAGGAGUUUGAGACGACACCCACGAACAGUGCCAAAGCAAGGUCAAGGGCUUCGGGUGCAUCUGCCAACACGGAAGGAUCCGGCGUUGACGCGGCCACACCUACAAGCAAUGCCAAGACCGACAAAUCGGGCGCAGGUACAGAGAAAUCUGGUGGAACUGGUUUGUCUCCUGCAAGCAAGGCUCAGACUGAACAAUCAGAGUAUGCCUCGGAUUUCGAGCAGCGGGAGCAAACCUCACCAGCAAGCAAUGCCAAGACAGAGAAAUCAGGAGCCGCCGCGACCACGGUGAACGACACCGAAGCCUUCAAGAAAGAGCUCGAGUACAUCAAGCGAGAGGAUGUCUUAGAUGAAGCUGGCAGGCAGCGGCCCAUCUUGAUCCAGUCGACGGAGUCGGACUUGCUGGAGAAGUUGCAGGUGAACGAGUUCCUCUACGAGGCUCAACAGGCCCGCAAUCCCGUGCCGCCGAUGAUCGAGAAGAUCGCACAGUUGCUGGCCAUGCUCCAUGAAGGGCAACAACGUGCCGAUGCUUAUCUCGGAGAUCUGUCCAAAUCCAAUGCCUUAGUUUCUGCCAUGCGACAGAGGAAUAUGGCUCUCUUCAGCCGCACGCAGAUGUUCGAGUCCUUCAAGUCCAGAGCACUCAUGAGGUAUGUCAUGAACAUGGCGGAGGGAGAUCGAAUACAUGACCUCCACUUAGAUGGCCUUAGCUUUGGCAUGCGAGAGAUCAAGGAGAUGCUUGGUCUCUUCCAGCGCUAUGAGUGCUUCGAGCAGGUCUAUGUGCUGAGUCUCAUUGACAACGGCCUAGACGAUGAUGCGGUGAACAUCAUUUUGCAGCUGAUCUUCCAGUUGCCCUACAUGAGGUCCUUUGACCUGAGAAGGAACUGCUUCUCGAUCGAAGGCGUCAAGCGCAUCGAGGAGCAGUUGAGGGACAUGGAUGGCAUCACUGGAGUGAUCAAGAGCGCGGACGGAGCGAUCAAUGUCCACAGCGGGAACCAGCUCCGGAUGACUUUGCACAUCGGAGAGCAGUUGGAGAAGUCCCAGUUGGCCAAGGAGGUGGAUUUCACCGUCGAUCAGACUCUGAGCCAUGCAGAUGCCGAUCCUUUUUUGGAGACCGCAGCAUCGAGGUCGGAGCACCCCUGGACGAAGCAGCAGGCCCCCCAGCGGCCGCCGCAAAAGGCGGUGCCUGAUGUCAGCUCCGUGCCACUCGAGAAGCCCUCAGCUGCGCCUGCGGCCCCGGCCGUGGGCGGCCCUCCGGUGGGCUUGGGCGGCCCGGGGAACUUGGCAGCGCUGAACAAGAAGUUAAGCAAGUCCAAGACGGGCGGCAGCCUGCCAGACCCCAAGAAGCGGGCGAAAAACCGCGCCAAGGCCGCUCCGCCACCCAUGUUGGAGUACAUUCCAAGGGAUCAUAUGGACAAGUGGCAGGUAGCACCACCAUCGGCGAGAAUACCGCUGAGUGCUUCCGCACCGGCCUUGGAACGUCUCCGGAGGUUUUGCUCCAUCAGCAGCUCGGAGCCGCUGCGUAGUGUCAAUGAAGCAUACGAGGAGGGGAAGAAGAAGCAUCAGAAAGCCUCAGGGUUUUGGCCGCUCCUCGCAGUCCUCGCACUCCUCGCGACCGCUGCCCGCGCCGCGGCGCGCGCCGCAUUGCGGCGGAGGGCUCUGACACCGCGUGCGACGGCUGCCGCGCCAGCGAGGCCCGAGCGCUUGCUCGAAGCCUUGAAGCGCCUGGAGUCGGUCUUGCUCCUCGGGCCACACUUCGCCGACCACCCCGUAUCUCGAGAGCUGUUGGAGCUCUUCUCCGAAGUGCCCUUCACUGCCAUCCUCACGGAGGACUGGAGCGGCGACUUCGAAGACUUCUUCCCGCACUGCGUGGGGAAGAACUUCGGAGGCUUUGCGACGGUCCUGUCCAAGCCUCGUGUAGACAAGCCGCCCGGCGAUGCCCGGCCAGUGAUCAGGCUGGAAGGCCUUGGCCGUGAGGAUCACAUAGUCACCGACAGCGAGGGGCCGAUCUCCGUCUUCUUCCGGGACCUGUUCCAGUCCAAGGUCGCCCUCUUCUAUGGCUGGCACCGGCCGGAAGGCCUCGUCGCACAAGCCCUCCAGGAUGCUUGGGCGGACACCGUGGCUCGCGACCCCAAGCGCUGCGAGCCCCUGGCGUUUCUGCUGGGCGGCAGUGUGGAGGGCUUCAAGGGGCUUCAACAGAUUCCCAGCGCCAGCCCGGAGAGCGACCAAAGCUUCUUUCAAGCGCUGGCAGAGGAUCUGGCGACGUAA